AAUAAUUCUUCACUACUCAUAUCGUACAUCUCACUUCACUAAACAAUUAGUUGAGUAUAUUAUCGAAUGACUUGACACUUUUGAAAUUGAAAGACAAGUAUAGCAAGAAACCAUAAUUAUAUUAGUUUUUGAAAGAGUUUAUCAAAGAGUAGUAAUUUUCACCGAGACUCGGCGCCAACACUAAUUUAGCCAGUUCCAAUGGACAUUCCAUUGAAAUCAAAGCCAAAGGUAUCCACAGUCAACCUUUUGGAUGACUCCAAGUUCAAAUUAUCUUCAUUUAGCGAAUAUAAUGAAGGCAAAGAACAUAAAUCAACGAUAUUGAAUUCAGGAAUCACAUCUCCACUCAAAGAAAAUUCAGAGGAGGAACAACAACAACAGGAAGAAGAAAUACAACUAGAUGGAGGAAGACAAAAGCAAAAACAAGAAGACAGUCUUAGGAUUGAUGAGAUUCGGGAAACACUGCCUACUAAAAACUAUAAGCUAACAAGAACUUAUUCAGAAACCGAAGCCAACAAUUUCGAUGAUGAAACUGGUCAUCGAAUGUUUGAUGACGGGAAAAUUAGACCGAAGUUAUCGAGACAGGGUUCCGGUAGCUUUUUAACCCAACCGCUGGGUGGUGGUCCCCCAAAGAUAUAUUCGAGAUCUCAUAAUGAUUAUAUUGACGAUGGCUGUUCGUUGGUUGGAUUGGAAGACGAAUAUAUCCCAGGAUUGGACUUUAGUGAUGUAAUCUACCAAUGGAACAGUAACGCUUCUGAUCAAAAUCUAUCUUUCCAUCUUAAUAAAGAUGGUGAUAAUCCAAGCACAACAACGAGCUCUUCCAACACUCCGUCAACAAGAGAUUCGUCGUAUCUAGACUUGAAUAAAUUACAUUCCAAAGUUGCUCCUCAACCAAUCAACAUGAGGAGCCCGUUACAAAAUAGUAAAAUGUCAGUAUCAAAAUUAAGUGACAUGCUAAAAUUAAGAAAUCCAACCAACAAUGAGGUUAAUAACGAGUCUACAACGACAAUUACAAAUGACGGAAAUAGCAAGCAUAAGAAACAGAAAAAGGUAGGUAGUGAAGAGGUCAACUAUGAAGCCAUAUUAAACAGUUUACCAUCUAACUUUAACGAAUUGCCUUAUAGUCAAAGGAAAAAAAUUGUUUUAUCUUAUUCCGAUUCAAUUGAUUAUUCUCAAUUUUCAUUAUUUGCUAAAAAUUAUUUUGGUUCUGGUAAUUCAAACAAUUCAAACAAUUCAAUUAGAAAUUCACGUCAUGGCUCAUCAAUAGGUAGUAAUCCAAGAAGAUCAAGAGUCGGAAGUGCUAAUACGGUUGCAGGUAGAUUAUUAGCAAUGUCAUCUCUGGUUGACUUUAAAAAGCUUCAUGAAUCAAAACAACCUAAAAUGAAUGUUGAUGAAAAGGGGGCAAUUGUAAUGGGAUACGAAUUAGGGAAAGUCAUUGGCUUUGGAGCAUGGGGGAUAAUUCGAGAAUGUUAUGGAGAAAAUGAAACGGUGAAAGCCAUCAAAAUUGUCAGAUCAAGGAGAGAACAGUGUUCAUCACCAUCAAUCAGAUCACCAUCAAGAUCGCCUACAAGAUCCGGUAGUGAGAUAUUCCACCAUCAUCAUAAGUCCAAACAUAAUCCUGAUGUUUUGAAUGUUUUCAGAAAAGAAAUCGCGAUUUGGAAAAGAUUACAACAUGAUAACAUAUUGCCGUUAUAUCAAUAUUUAGAAACCGAAGAUACCAUAUUUUGUAUAACCGAUCGAAUUUUUGGCGGGACAUUAUUUGAAGUAGUAUCAAACUGGGGUGUUUAUAAUAUGGGAGUCAUUAAUCCCCAAGGACCACUUAAGUUUCUGAUUGAUGAGCAGAAAAAGAGAAUAAGACAAAUAAUCAACUUUAUUGGACAAAUCAUUGAUGCUUUGAUAUAUUUGCAUGAAGAAUUGGGUACUGUUCACGGAGAUAUUAAGUUAGAAAAUGUAUUAGUCGAUAAUCAGGAUCCUAAAAAUAUUAAAAUGAUAUUAUGUGAUUUUGGAAUGUCAAGGGUAUAUACCACAAGAUUAAGUCGACAAUCAUCAAGAAAAAAUAUUUAUAAUGAUAAUGAUGAAGAUACAUUAAUGAUGAGAAGUAAAUCAUCAACCAGUGAAUUACGUAAACCAUAUAGAGGAGAAGAUACUAUCAAUAGUAAAUUCUUAUUUACUGAUGAUUCUAAAAUUGGAAUCAACCAUUUUCAAAGAAGCCAUGGCCCAUCAAUGCAAUCGGUUAAUUUAUCGCUCAAUAAAUUCAAAUCUCCAUUAGAAAAUUUCCAUGAAAUUAAAUCAAAAGAUCAUAUUCUACCAUCAGAGGGGAUUGAAUCCAAUUUGCCACACCUGCAUAUUGGCUCAUUACCUUAUGCAUCACCCGAGUUAUUAUCACCGAAUCCUCCACCAUUAGGACCAUCAGCCGAUAUUUGGGCAUUAGGAGUGUUACUUUAUACGAUGGUUGUUGGUAGGUUACCAUUUCAACAUCCAUACGAACCUAGAUUGAGAGCCAUGAUCAGUAGUGGGAAAUUUGAUAAGGAAGAAUUGAAAAAAGCAUGUUUAAUCGAGUGGAUACUCAAAGAUGAUGAAAUGGUUGAAGAAAAGGAAACCGUGUCUGAGAACAAUCAAAGUUUCCUGUCAAUGAAUACCAAUUUAGAAAGAGACGAACAAAUUAAAAAACUAUUCAAUAGUUGGAAUUUAUAUAAUUCUCAAGAAUACCAAUGGUUUUACGAUAUUAUAAUUGGAUGUUUAGAAAUCAAUAUCACCAAAAGAUGGGAUUUAGAUAUGAUUCACCGGAGUCUAAUCAAGAAUUCCAUCUGAUGGUUUACGCGUCACGAAUUUUCCCCAAUUUUAAUGAUCAAAAGUAUGAUUAACGUUGUAUAAACAAAAAGUAUAUUGUAUGAAUCAGCCACUGCUGUAAGCUUACGUAGAAGUCACUAGCAAACACCUUCUUUUUUUAACUACAAUCGGAAAAGAUAAA